AUGCCUCCCAAGACAGCUGAAAAGAAGCCUGCGACUACCGGUGGUAAAGCUCCGGCCACUAAAGUUCCAAGCGAAAAGAAGAAACCAGCAGCCCCUGGUGAUAAAGUCAAGAAGAGAAAACUGAGAAAAGAGACUUACUCAAGUUACAUCUACAAAGUCUUAAAACAAGUUCACCCUGACACCGGUAUUUCGAACAAGGCUAUGUCGAUUAUGAAUUCUUUUGUAAAUGAUAUCUUUGAACGCAUUGCUGUUGAAGCUUCUAAACUUGCGGCGUACAACAAGAGAUCUACCAUUUCGUCCAGAGAAAUCCAAACAGCAGUUAGGCUUAUUCUUCCAGGAGAGUUGGCGAAACAUGCCGUUUCCGAAGGUACCAAGGCUGUAACCAAGUAUACCAGCUCCAAAUAA